CACGCUCUAAAUAAUUCAAGCUCCCAUUCCUUCUCUUCCACCGCUAACAAGAUGCCGGCCGUACAUCACAAGCUGCUCCUGGAGGACGCCUUGCAGGACAGUCCUCAGACUCGCUCCUUGCUCAGCGUGUUUGAAGAAGAUGCUGGGAUGCUUACAGAUUACACCAACCAGCUGCUUCAGUCGAUGCAGCGUGUGUUUGGGGCCCAGAGUGAGAUGGGCUUGGCAACAGAGCAGCUCUCACAGCAACUUCUGGAUUAUGAGAAGAAAAAUUUUGCCCUUGGAAAAGGUGAUGAGGAGGUAAUCACCACGCUGCAGAACUUUGCCAAAACUGUAGGGGAGCUGAACUCGCUCCACUCUGAGCUAGCCAACCAGAUGGCUGACAGCAUGGUUUUCCCCUUGAUCCAAUUCAGAGAGAAAGACCUGACAGAGAUAAGCACACUGAAGGAAAUAUAUGGCAUUGCAACUGACGAGCAUGAGGCAGCUAUGGUCAAAUACAGCCGAUUGCCCAAGAAGAAGGAGAAUGAGAAGCUGAAGUCAGACUUGGUGAAGGAGGUGGCCUACACUAGAAGGAAGCAGCACUCGGCCUCACUGCAGUAUUACUGCGCCCUCAAUGCCCUGCAGUAUCGUAAGCGAGUAGCCAUGCUUGAGCCUAUGCUGGGCUACACACAGGCACAGAUCAGUUUCUUCAAGAAAGGCGUUGAGCUGGUGUCAAAGAAGAUGGACAACUUUCUCUCCUCUGUGUCCAACAUGACUCAAAGUAUCCAAACCCAGCUGGACUCGGAGGCAGAGUCCAUGCGUGCGACCCAGAGGGAGCUUCUGUCUGUGGAGGACACUGUCUAUAUGCUAGAUAAGGAAACUGAGCCUGUCAAUCGCACGCUUAUCCAGAAGGCUGGCUACCUCAACAUAAGGAAUAAAACAGGCCUAGUGACAACAGCCUGGGACCGCCUGUACUUCUUUACCCAAGGAGGGAACCUCAUGUGCCAGCCGCGGGGGGCGGUGGCGGGGGGCAUGGUGCUGGACCUGGACAACAGCUCUGUCAUGGCUGUGGAGUGUGAGGACAGACGCUACUGCUUUCAGAUAACUUCUCCAUCAGGCAAAACGUCAAUGAUUCUACAAGCUGAGAGCAAAAGGGAAUAUGAAGAAUGGAUUUGUACUGUGAACAACAUCUCCAGACAGAUCUACCUGACUGACAACCCAGAGGCUGUGGCCAUCCGACUGAACCAAACUGCCAUCCAGGCGGUCACCCCCAUCACCAGCUUUGAGAAGAGACCAGAGGGCUCGCCCAACCCUGACAGAGCGAAACCAGGAGGUGUUCACGUUACCGGUGGGUCCCAGAAGACCGGGGCUGCUACAGAACCAGAAGACCUGAUAGCCCCUGGGACACCCAUUCAGUUUGACAUCAUGCUGCCAGCAUCCGAGUUCCAGGACCAGAACAGGGCUGGGGGAAGACGCACAAAUCCAUUUGGAGAAACAGACGAUGACUGUUCAACAGAGAGUGACGACUCCCUCCUGCAGCAGGUAUUCGCUGUGCGCUUCCAAGGCUCAAUGGCGGUGCGCUGUGGCAACAAUCAGGAGGUGAUCUACGAGGCCAUGAGACAGGUGCUGGCUGCCCGAGCCAUCCACAACAUCUUCAGGACCACCGAGUCCCACCUCAUGGUCACCAGCAGUAGCCUCAGGUUGAUCGAUCCUCAGACUCAAGUUACAAGAAUCAGUUUCCAGCUUGGAGAAGUGUGUCAGUUUGCAGCCCACCAAGAGAACGGGAGGCUGAUGGGGUUCGUGGUUGAGGGCAGAGACUGGAGCGACGGAGACGAGGAGGGAGAGCCGUCAUUUAGCGCCUUUAUCUUCGAGAGCAACACGGAGGGCGAAAAGAUAUGUUACACCAUAAGCUUGGCGAAGGACAUUACAGAAGCAAAGAAGGACCCAGAAGCCUUGGCCCAGCUGAUGAAAAACAUGCCUCUAACCAACGACGGCAAAUUCCUGCUACUGGAGCCUGAGCCGGGUGACACAUCUAACGGAGCAGAAGAAGACCUGGAGUCUGAAGCCUAGACCCAGAAGGACCAAAAAACAAAACAAAGACUUUAGCCCAGGAGAGAAGGCUUUCCCUGGAUGAAGGUGUCAUCAUGACCCGCUAGCCCUAACUCCGGUACUGUAACAUCCAUAUUAGAGAGUGUAGUUCACCUCCACUUACCCUGUGUUAUUAGGUCUCCAGUUUUUUUUGCUGUAAUGAAAGCAGAAGAUGCUGGCAGGAGGUUUCCUGGACCAAAAAGCUCUACUAACGGGCACUCCGUUAGUUCUGCUCUUCUAUUGUCAGGCUGUAGCUUGGGUCUUUGGAUUUGAAGUUGUUUUUACACCACUGUGGGUGGUACUUCCAUCAAAAGGGACUCUAUGUAGGUACUGAUUGUGUUUCAUUGUCUGCUAAUAUCCGCAGCCACCCAACCGAAGGUGGAGAGUCUUUCAUUUUAGGUUUACCUUAAUUUUUUCAGGUUUACAUUAUUUGGAGUCUGUUUGGAGAGUUAAUUCCUUUACUUUGUUGUAACUUGUAUGUAAGGCUCUUAUGCAACUUAUGCGUUUGUUUUUCAUUUAUUCAAUUAUUGCCGUUCUAGCUGAUAAAUAAGGCUUGAUGGCUACAUAAUGCACUAAUUGAGACAUUGAAGGAUCUAAGACUUUUAAGACAACGAAACUAUUAAGAUAUAUUAAAACCAUGCCAGUUUGUUUUAUCUGCAGAGCAGUGACCGUUGCAUUGCUUGUUAUUGUUGUUAUUUCUUUGUGAACACAUGUCCUGAAGCAGUGGACACAACUGGCAUGAGACUAAAGGUUUAUGUUCAUUCUGCAGCCAAGCUACCAUGAGGCAACACAGUCAUCCUGGCAUCCUUUGGCAUCCUGACUAUCUUAAAGGGAAACUUCUGUAUUUUUCAGACCAGAUCAAGCGAAAGCUAAUAAAAAAAAAGUUAUUUCUUUGUAGGUUAUUUUUAUUAAUGUGUCAGGCACUUCUGAUAACAUCUGAGCCUGUAAGUGAAAAAAACAAGCACUUUUAGUGGACGUACAUUAGUACAUUUUGAGGCUGCCAGCUGCAUCGUUCUAGCUCAAUACUGGACAAUUUUUAUUUUUAAAAGUCUCUCGUUAAGAGUCUCUUGGAAAGCUGUGGUUGACAUGUACUGAAAUUUCCCUUUAAGCAUUCCGAUUAAACCGAAUUAAAGUAAUAUUUUAUGUAUUUUCUGUACAAACCAAGUCUUAAGAUGAUCUGUAUGCAAGAUCCUCCUUGAGCAGUCCAAAUAUUCUUGAGUAAAAUCAGUAUAUUACGCUACAGUUCCUGAAAGCCUGUGUAAAUAUGAACCGUCCAAGUGUCUAUACUAUGUUUAAUCAGAGUUGGCUGUAUUAAAAGCUUUGAGUCUAUAUGCUAGGACUGAUGCGGUGCAUGAUUAAAUGAUGGCGUUCCCUCUCAGUCCCUUCACAGAAGAUUAAAAGCUCUGAGCGCUGAGCCGUAAUACUAAAAAAAGGAGAAAAAAAAAAUCUCUGAAAUGUUUCAGUAACGCAUGUAGGCAGACCACAGUGGGGUAUUAUGUACUCACUGAAAAGCUACUUGCUCUUUGCUUCCACAUAAUACUCAACAGAACAGAAAAACUGAAGGUAGUGAUUGAUUCAUGAAACUCUGCCUUCACUCUUGAUCCCGGCGCAGAUAUCUUCCAUUUCUAAUCUCAAUGGACAGUGGAAGCCCGUGGUGCACUAUGAAUGUUUUUGUACUGUGUAUUACAGACGAGGUCAAAACCACUGACUUGACGUUGAUCGUGAAAGUUACAUUGUGUUUACCAGUGCGUUUUCUUGUCUGCUUGCUUUUUCUACUCUUCAUCUGAGCUCUUGGCAGAGUCACAUGUUAAACAAGGAUUACAUGUGGAUAUUUCACUGAGGACUGCCUGCUUGACUGGUGAAAUGAUUUGGUUUGAUUAUGUUUAAUUGCUCUUGACAUUGCUCAUUGUAAUCAAAAGGAAAACUUUGACAUUUGGGUCAUGUUCUUAUCUGCUUUCUGGUGUAGAGUUGGAUGAGAAGAUUUAUAUUACUCACACCCUAGAGUGGUAAUGAUAGUCUCAUCGAAUUCUCCAACAGCAGAGAUCAGAUUUCCCUAAAUGUCAAACUUUUGCUUUAAGUCAUAACAGUUACCUACUUUUCUUUCUGUUGCCUGAUGUAAAUACAUAUCGGAAGGUUUUCUGAUGCUAUUAAGCAAUUUUUUGUCCAUCCAAAAGACUUAUACCCUUCUUCCUCGGAUGAUGGUUGAGAUGCUUCAAUCACAUCAUUAAUAAAACUACAGAAAUGCAUAAACAUGU